AAGAAGAGUGAAACAAAACUCUAAAGCGUCUAAAACAAAUCAUAGUUGAAAGUUGAAACUUUUUGCAUCAUCAAUGGAAGAGUCUAAAGCGUCACACGUUGUUAUCAUACCGACUCCAGGAAUGGGUCACCUCAUCCCAUUCGUCGAGUUGGCUAAAAGACUCAUUCACCGUGACAGCAUCACCACCGUGACCUUUGUUGUCAUUGGAGAAGGUCCACCGACAAUAGCUCAGAGAACUGUCCUAGACUCUCUCCCUUCGUCAAUCUCCUCCGUCUUUCUUCCUCCCGUCAAUCUCACAGAUCUCCCGUCAACGGCUCGUAUCUUAACUCGUAUCUCCCACACCGUGACUCGAUCUAACCCUGAGCUCCGGCGAGUCUUCAACUCUUUGGCGGAGGAAGGUCGUUCGCCGACGGCUCUCGUGGUUGAUCUUUUUGGUACAAACGCUUUUGACGUAGCACAUGAAUUUCAAGUGUCACCGUACAUUUUCUACCCAUCCAAUACAAACGUCUUGUCGUUUUUUCUCCAUUUGCCUAGACUAGAUGAAACGGUGUCGUGUGAGUUUUGGGAAUUAACUGAACCGGUAAAGCUCCCCGGAUGUGUACCGGUAUCUGGUAAAGAUAUUAUUGACACGGCUCAAGAUAGGAAGAACGAGGGAUACAAAUACACGGCUCAAGAUAGCAAGAGGUACAAAGAAGCCAAAGGGAUUCUUGUGAAUUCAUUCAUCGAGCUAGAGCCAAAUGCUAUAAAGGCUUUGCAGGAACCGGGUCUUGAUAAACCGCCAGUUUAUCCGAUCGGACCAUUGGUUAACACUGGUAAGCAAGAGGAUAACGAGUUUGAAGAGUUGCAAUGUUUAAAGUGGUUGGAUGACCAACCGCUCAGUUCGGUUUUGUAUGUGUCAUUUGGUAGUGGUGGUACACUCACAUGUGAGCAGAUCAAUGAGCUUGCUCUUGGUCUUGAAAAAAGUGAUCAACGGUUUCUUUGGGUCAUACGAAGUCCAAGUUCGGCUGCUAAUUCUUCCUAUUUCGAUUCGCAUAGCAAAACCGAUCCAUUAACUUGUUUACCACCAGGGUUUCUAGAACGGACAAAAGGCAGAGGUUUCGUGAUCCCCUCUUGGGCACCACAAGCUCUUAUUUUAGCCCAUCCAUCUACUGGAGGGUUUUUGACUCAUUGUGGAUGGAAUUCGACUCUAGAAAGUAUAGUAAACGGAGUUCCACUAAUAGCAUGGCCAUUAUACGCUGAGCAGAAGAUGAAUGCUAUGUUGUUGACUGAAGAUAUACGCGUAGCAUUUAGGGCUCAUGCGGGCCAUAACGGGGUGGUGAGAAAAGAAGAGGUGGCUAGAGUGGUGAAGGGAUUAAUGGAAGGUAAAGGAUUGAUUAAUGAAGGUAAAAAAGGUAAAGGAGUAAGGAUUAAGAUGAAGGAGAUGAAGGAAGGAGCUUGUAGGGUUUUGGAGGAUGAUGGGUCCUCUACAAAGGCACUUAAUCAGUUAGUCUUUUGA